GAAUAAACUGCAUAAUUUACAAUAAAUGAAAUAAUUUACGAGUACCAAGUCUCUCACUAUGCAUGAAAACAAUGCAUACAUGCGUGCAGGAAGUAUAUGUUCAACCUCUGAUAACUUGAAUAACAGUAUAUCUCGUAAAUUGCCACGGCGUACUUCUGUGACGCCUAUUGCACAAAAAUCUAUUAGAGCUGCUUCACUUAGUAGAAAAUCGGAGUGUAGUAAUGCAUCAAACACUGCUCAUUCUUCUAAUGAGUCAAAUAUUUUUUCUCCAUCAGAUAAACUGCGAAGAAUGUCAAUGUUGUUCAGUAUAGAUCGUGCGAAAACACGUGAAGCGAUUAUGGCUGCUUUGGAGGAUCCUGCAAGGACAGAGUUUAAACGCUUAAAGAUAGAAAAUGAAUACUUGACAGGUGAAUGGAAACAAAUACGCAAAAUAUUGGAACAGUUGCGAACAGACUAUGAAACAAGUCGCCCAUUAGAUCCAUUAAGACGUUACAAAAGUCUACAAACCAUGAUAAAACGUAUUGUUAUGCAUAUACGCAUUACUGAACCGGGAUCAGUGAGUAAAUCUUUUGGCUACUCAAAUAAUUCAAGCGAGAUAGCAUUACAAGGUGAUGUAUUGCAAAGUGAAACAAAAACCAAAGAAAUGGAAAAACGUGUUGGACAAAUAUGUGAAAAUUAUACAAUUGAAGAAUUGAAUAUUCAAAAUCGACGUUUACGUGAAUUAAAUGAACGUUUAGAAAAUCGUUUACAAUUAAUAAUACAAACUAUAAAUGAAUUAGACUGCCUUUAUCAUUCCAGUAAAAAUGAAGGAUUUCUUAAAAGGUAUACAUUAUUAAAAGAUUCUGUGAAACGUAUCAUUACUGAUGAAGAUUUAUAUGAAAAUCCAUAAAAAUAACAAGAAACAAAAUUAUUUUAUGGCUUUUUUUUUCAAGUAUUCUCAUGUAUACCCUUAUUGAGAAGAAAACAAUACAUUGAAUUUAGUAUAAGUGUACAAUAGAAAUAAAAAAUUAUUUUAAUCUUUUCGUUUAUUGUUUAAUGUCUAAAACAGGUAAAAAAAAACGGUUUCAAGUGAGCUAAUUAUUUUGGAAACAUUUAAUUUACAUCUUACACCUUGCUUAGAUUGAUCAGUAAACAUUUUUUUAACAUUCUGUCUCAUAAAAGUGGUUACAUUGAGUGAUAUUAGAAAAAGAUAUGAAUCUAUGACAUAAAAAAUCAUGAAAUCUUUUCAGACAAUUAAACAUAUUGUCUUUGAAAGCAUAAAAUACUACUGUUAAUUGAUAUUUCUAGUAUUGUCUCAUUGUUUCAAUGUUCUGCUUUAUUAUUUUCUCAGAAUAAGAUGUUUAUUUUGCUUCAUUUUAAUUUUCAAGAAAUAAAAUUUUCAGAAAAA